AUGGCUGCCCCAACGCUCCACGACGUCAUCAUAAUCGGUGCAGGCCCAGCAGGCCUCGCCGCGGCAACAGCCCUCUCCCGCCAGCUCUACACCACAGUCCUCUUCGACUCGGGUCUAUACCGCAACGCCCGCGCGGGAAACAUGCACAACGUUCUCGGUUUCGACCAUGUACCGCCCCCCGUCUUCCGCGCCAAGGCACGAGAGGAUCUCAAAGCCCGCUACGCCGAGAGCGUGACCUUUGCCGAUGUCGAGGUCCUAUGUACGUCCAAGUUGAGAGACGGGCUCUUCCGGGCCGACGACGCGCAGGGCAAGGCGUGGUUCGGGAGGCGCUUGGUAUUGGCCACCGGCGUCACAGACAUCGCGCCGGACAUACCAGGCUAUGCAGACUGCUGGGGACACGGGAUAUUCCACUGUCUCUUCUGCCACGGCUUCGAGGAGCGUGGGGCAGAGAGGGUCGGCGUCCUCGCCCUUGGCCACACGGGGAACGUUAAGGUGGCGACACACAUUGCGUACAUGGCUCGGCCCCUGGGCAAGAAAGUGACGAUUUAUACGCACGGUAACACGGCUCUCGCUGCAGAAAUUAGUGCCAUGGCCAAUAAUCCCUUUACUCUCGACGCGCGAGAGAUCACGUUGAUGCGCAUGGCCGCCAGCGGCGACGAGCACUGUACCAGCGUCAAGCUUACGCUUGGCAAGGGACACGGAAAAGAGACGGAAGAGGUCACGGAAGGAUUCCUCGCUCACGCACCUUUUACAAAGCCGAAUGGUCCCUUUGCGGAGCAGCUUGGGCUGGCGAUGGCGGAGAACGGGGACAUCAAGACGACUCCCCCCUUUGGAGAGACGAGUGUUUCCGGGGUCUAUGCUGCGGGUGACUGUGGUAACAUGGUCAAGGCCGUCGCGACGGCGGCGGCCAGCGGUGCGCUCGCUGCGGCUGGCAUGGUCGUGCCGAUGCAGAUGGAGCCUAGGCUUGAGUUGGACAUCAAGGCUAUGGAGAAGGUCAUUGGGUAA